UGGUCCCCACAUUAGCAAAAAAAACCAGCUGUGAAAUGCAUGUAGUGAGUGAUUCCUCAUGUUUCUUCACCUUCUCUCCGUUGAAUUGUUCCCUCCCCAAGAUCUAGCUCUCUCUCACACACACAGUUCUCACACUCAAAAUCACGAAUUUCAUUUAGAGAUUAUUUGCUUUCUCUCUCAUCUCGGGUUUCAACGAACUCUCCUUUUUGAAGAUUGAAUUAUCGACUGAGAUCUCGGAGGUAGCUCCAUUUUUUCAGAAUUUCGACACAAUCGAGGAAUGAUAAAAGGAUGGGGAGGAAGAAAGGAUGGUUAUCUUCAGUAAAGAAGGCUCUCAACCCGGAUUCUAAAGAAAAGAAAUCCGAGAAAAAAUCGAAAAAGAAAUGGUUUGGGAAACAGAAGCUAUCAGUUUCCGAAUCUCCAAAUCCCGAGCCCGUUCAAGCGUCUCAUCCUCAUCCUCAGCCGCCAUUGGAAGAAGUGAAGUUGACCGAGGUGGAGAACGAACAGCAGACGAUACGUGAUUAUUCUCCUACAGUUGAUGCAGUUGUAGCUGAUGAAGAAGCUGAAGUUAUUACAGAGGCUUUUGAAGAGGUAGUUCAACCAAUUGUUGUGACUCGAUUCGCUGGAAAAUCUGUGGAGGAAGUUGCGGCUAUCAAGAUUCAGACAGCUUUCCGUGGUUACCUGGCAAAGAGGGCAUUGAGAGCUCUAAGAGGGCUCGUGAGAUUGAAAACACUUGUCGAUGGGCCCACCAUAAAACGCCAAACCGCGAACACUCUGAAAUGCAUGCAAUCUCUAUCUCGUGUGCAGUCUCAGAUUCAAUCUAGACGAAUGUCAAUGCUGGAGGAGAAUCGGACGCUCCAGAGACAGCUUCUGCAGAAACGUGCUAAAGAACUCGAGAGCUUGCGAAUGGGAGAGGAUUGGGAUUAUAGUCUACAAUCGAAAGAGCAAAUUGAGACGAGUUUGCUUCACAAGUAUGAAGCUGCGAUGAGGCGGGAAAGAGCUCUCGCUUAUUCAUUCACUCACCAGCAAACAUGGAAGAAAUCAGCAAAAUCCACCAAUUUAUUAUUCAUGGAUCCAACUAACCCUCACUGGGGUUGGAGCUGGUUAGAAAGAUUAAUGGCUAACGGCCCAUUAGACACUCAAAUCCCAUCCGAUAAAGAUCUCAAAACCGACCCUUUACCCUCCAUGGGAGAAAUCACAAAAUCUUUCGCUCGACAUCAACUAAACUCCGAGUUUCCAUCUUCACCUACUUCAAGGGCAUCUCCCGCAAGAAAAUCAUUAAAACCAAAAGAAGACGACUCAAUGAGUGUACUAAGCAACGCUCAAUCGGAGCGAAAUAGAAGGCAUAGUAUUGCAGGUUCUUCGGUGAGAGAUGACGAGAGCUUGGCUAGCUCGCCAGCUGUACCGAGUUACAUGGCACCCACUCGAUCUGCUAAGGCUAAGUCGAAACUAUCGAGCCCUUUAGGAACAUUGGAAAAUGGUGCAGUGGAUAAUAAGGGUACUAAUUCAUCUUCGCCUGCUUCUGCUAAGAAACGGCUUUCCUAUUCACCUUCGCCAGCUAAGCCCAGGCGGCACUCUGGCCCACCGAAGGUAGAGAUUGCUUCCAUUGUUGAUAAUUGAUUUGAUUGCCCUUUUUUUGAAGAAUAAAGAAUAUUUUUAUUGUGUUCAUUUGAUUCUUGAAGUUCCAUGAUAUAUUUUUUCUUUCUUUCUUUCUUUCUUCAUUUGUUGUUGCUAUAGAUUUGGUUAUUCUUCUCUCAGUGUUGUUUAGAUUGUUAUAUUUGGGAAUUACUUUGGAGAGGACUGGCUUUACUAUUGCUGUGGUUGAAUUAUGAAAAAGUAUUGUAUUAAAUUUAUAUUUAUAAUUAAAAUUGUUUGCUUCUUUUAU